AUGAAACCCUACUUGGGUGUGGCGAUCUUAUUUCUCUUGGCACGAACCUAUCAGACAUGCCUUUUGAAAAAUGGCAUGAGUUCUGUAUAUCUAUCUGCAUUUGAAGAUUUGAAACCAGGAAAUGUGAUCGGCACGCUGCCUUUCGAAUCGGAGACUUCAAAGGAAACCGAUGUAGAGCUACGUGUUGUGAAAGGAAACGAUUUGGUGGAUGUGAAACCUGGCAGUCAUGAUCUAAUACUUAAAAAAGGAUUGGAUAGAGAUGAGGGAGUCGGCAAGUUUGAAGCGGUCGUCGAAUGCCGUUCCUCUAAUCUGGAUGCCGAUUUUAGUCAGUUGAACAUCUCGGUUUUUGUGACCGUCAAAGACAUUAACGACAAUGCGCCAGUGUUCGAUUCAGCCGAGUACUUUGUCGACAUCAAGGAAGAAUUACCAACUGGUACUAUUGUGUUUACCGACUUCGAAGCUACAGACAACGAUCAACCAGGACCUAACAGUUUUGUACAGUAUUCCAUUGUCCAGGGACCUCACUCUCACUUUUUGGAAAUUCCUGACCCAUUCAAACCAGUGAUCACAGUUAAAGACCGCAUUAAUUACGAGGAGAUCAAAAAGUUCUCUGUUGAAAUUGAAGCGAGAGAUCAAGGAGAACCCAGUUUAGCAUCAAAAGUGCCGUUACAUGUGACAGUUGUUGAUGUGAACGAUUUGCUGCCGAAAUUCAAACAUUCACACUAUACUGCUAAAAUGCAGAAGAAUGGUGUAUUGGUUUUCGAACCGGAGGCUAUCUCAGCACAAGAUGGCGAUCGUCUCAACGCUUCGUUGAUCUUUUCUCUGUCCGGAGAACUUUCGGAACACUUCGCCAUCGACAACGACGGUAGCAUUCGCUCGAUUAGCCCUAACCCCCCACAACGGGCCACUUUCUUUGUUACGGCCGCCGAAAGGGACGAUCCAGAAAGAAGCAGUACUGCUAUUCUGUCAAUAAGACUUCAACCAUCAUUAGCCUUCCAACACAACACAUACUCCACUACAAUUUCUCCAUCUACACCAAUUGGAUCAACUGUGAUUACAGUCACUGCUAACUCGGAAAAUAACGCCUCUGUUACAUACUCCCUACUAGCAGACACCAACACGGUAUCCAUUGAUGAAGUUUCUGGAAAUGUAGUGCUACGGAAGAAACUCGAGAAACCAGAGACAUUGAAUGUCACCGCUAGUGAUGGAGAAAGUGUUGUUUCCACGACACUUCAUCUGAUGACCGCGAAUUCUGAGGAGACUUGCCGGACGCCGAUUAAAUUUGAGAAGUUUGAAUACAGGAUGACUAUUGGAAAACUGAAUGUCUUGGGAGUAGUAAAUGCUACUUCACGAUCAGGGAACAAACUAACCUAUAUCCUGAUGAACAUGAAUAAUGACUUCGAAGUGGAUACCAAUGGAGUUGUUAAGCUAUUACCAAAAGCUCGUUUGAACUGCAAGACUUGUGAACUUAUUGUAGUGGCAAAAGAUGGAACUCAAAUGGCUAUAACAAAGGUCAAUAUUGACAACCCUUCAUUUGUAUUACAUUCGUCUACUACAUUGGCUCUCCUGAUAAUGAUCAUAUUGUGUCUGAUUUUCGCAAUGCUCGCCAUUCUAGUAUGUCGGAAAUUUUGUGAGAAAUGGAAGCAAGGAAAUCGAAGAUCAAGCAUUUGUUGGCUCAAUGGGACAACUGAUACAGGGAUUUCAAUAACCACUACCACUCCCAUAAAUUCAAGGUACGUGGUAAACAGUGACAGAGACAGAUGCUACGAGUCCAAGUCACCCGGCCCAAAGAGAUCUCAAGGGGCGCAUCUGGUGCCGGUGACAGUCGUAUCCGACGGAUCUGGUGCUUCACCAACUGUCUACUUCUAA